CUCUCUCUCUCUAGACACGCAGAGAAAUGAGCCAGUGCGUUCCGGACUGGGAUCUGGACGACUCCGGCAACAACCAUCCCACUCCUCCCAGGCUCUCUCUCCGCUCUCGCUCCUUCAAUAUCAGCACUCCCGAUGUUCCCAUGUCGAACUACGAGGUCGCCGAGCUGACGUGGGAGAACGGCCAGCUCGCCAUGCACGGCCUCGGGCCCCCGCGCCCCACCGCCAAGCCCCUCCCCACCUCCUCCGCUUCGCGCUCCAAGUACGCGUGGGUGGACAAGCCACGCGCCGCCGCCAACAACGCCUCCUCCGCGGCCGGCGGCGGCGGCGGUGCCGGCACGGGCACCCUCGAGUGCAUCGUCAACCAGGCCGCCGCCCUCCCCCGCCGGAAGCUGCCCUUCGACGCUGCCGCGGCGGUGGCGGCGGGCGACCUCGUCCCGUGGUUCGACCACUCCCGCGGCUCUUCCGCGGCGGCCUCCGCCACCAUGACGAUGGACGCGCUCGUCCCCUGCGCCGGCUCGGCCGACGACCGGACCACCGCCAGCUUCGUCGACUCCGCGCCCGGCGGCGGCGGCGGCGGCGGCGGCGUCGUGGGUUGCUCCACGCGCGUGGGGUCGUGCAGCGGGGCGGCGGCGGGGCCGGCGCAGGAGGAGGACGCGCCGGCGGCGAGGAAGCGCGCGAAGGGGUCGCGCGCGGCGGCGGCGGCGGAGUGGAGCGGGAUGGACCAGAGCGUGAGCGUGAGCGGGAGCGCGACGUUCGGGAGGGACGUCGGGGCCGGGAUGACAUCGACGUCCCUGGGGUCGCCGGAGAACACCAGCUCCGGAAAGGGCUGCGGGAGGGCCACGGCGGCGGCGGCCGAGGACCACGACUCCGUUUGUCACAGCAGGCCUCCGAGGGAGGGAGGUGACGACGGCGACGGCAAGAAGCGCAGCGGGAAGUCUUCGGUCUCCACCAAAAGGAGUCGAGCCGCCGCCAUUCACAACCAAUCUGAACGAAAAAGGAGAGAUAAGAUAAACCAGAGGAUGAAGACGCUGCAGAAGCUGGUCCCUAAUUCUAGCAAGACGGACAAAGCCUCGGUGCUGGACGAGGUGAUCGAGUAUCUGAAACAACUCCAGGCACAAGUUCAGAUGGUGAACAGGAUGAACAUGCAGCCAAUGAUGAUGCCGAUGGCGAUGCAGCAGCAGCUUCAGAUGUCGAUGAUGGGCCAGAUGGGGAUGGGGUUGGGGAUGGUGGGCAUGGGGAUGCCCGGGAUGGGCAUGAUGGACAUGAACGCCCUCGGCCGCUCCAACCUUGCCAGCAUCCCUCCCGUCAUCCACCCUGCCGCUGCCGCCGCCGCCGCCGCCUUCAUGCCCAUCAGUUCUUGGGACGGUGACCGGGUACCCGCCGCGGCUCCAAUGGUCAUGCCCGACCCGCUGUCCCCGUUCCUUGCUUCCCAGUCUCAGCCUAUGACGUUGGAUGCCUACAGCAGAAUGGCGGCCAUGUUCCAGCAGAUGCGUCAACCACCAGCUUCCAGUUCCAAGAACUGAACUAAAUUUCGAGAGCAAGUUGCUUUUUUUUUGACAUGGUCUUGGAGGCAAGCGAGUGUUGUGACUUUUUUUUUUCUAAGUCUAGUAUACUGUUGAAGCACGUGAGAUGAUUUUAGUUCAAUAGAUAGGGAUUCGGUAUUCGGUCUUUCUUUUUGUACUUUCGUGUACCCAGCUAGAUGGAAGAUUCUUUAUGUGUGUGUGUAUAUAUCUAUAUAUUUGAGGAAUA